AUGCACAUCAGUGUUUGGCCGUACUCGCUCUCCGUCGUAAUGGCAGCUCUGUACCAGGGCACGGACGUUUCCUCUCCGGAUAAAUUUCUGGCCUUGAAAGACGUGAGAGAGGUGAAAGAGGAAACGACGCUGGACGAGAAGCUCUUCUUGCUGGCAUGCGAGAAAGGCGACUACUACAUGGUGAAGAAACUGCUCGAGGAGAACCGCCACGGCGAGCUCAACCUCAACUGCGUGGACGUGCUGGGCCGGGAUGUCAUCACCAUCACCAUCGAGAAUGAGAAUCUAGACAUCCUGCAGCUUCUUCUGGAGCAUGGCUGCCAGGCGACGGACGCCUUGUUGGUGGCCAUAGACUCUGAGGUGGUAGGAGCUGUGGACAUCCUCCUCAACCAUAGGCCAAGGAGAUCCUCCAAGCCCUCCAUUGCAAAACUAAUGCAGCGUAUUCAGAACCCAGAGUAUUCCACCACCAUGGACGUGGCUCCAGUCAUCCUGGCGGCCCACAGGAAUAACUAUGAGAUCCUGACUAUGCUGCUGAAACAGGACAUCUCGCUUCCCCGGCCCCAUGCGGUCGGCUGCGAGUGCACGCUCUGCAACGCUAAGAACAAAAAGGACAGCUUGCGACACUCCAGGUUCCGCCUGGACAUCUACCGGUGCCUGGCCAGCCCCUCUCUGAUCAUGCUGACUGAAGAAGAUCCCAUACUUAGGGCCUUUGAGCUGAGUGCAGACCUCAAGGAGCUCAGUCUGGUUGAGGUGGAGUUCAGGAAUGAUUAUGAUGAUCUGGCAAAGCAGUGUAAGAUGUUUGCCAAGGACCUGCUGGCUCAGGCUCGAAACUCUCGAGAGCUCGAAGUGAUUCUCAACCACACAUCCAACGAGGAUCAAGUUGACAAGAGGGGUUUGCUUGAGGAGCGAAUGAACCUCAGUCGACUGAAGCUCGCCAUCAAGUACAACCAAAAGGAGUUUGUGGCUCAGUCAAACUGUCAACAGUUUCUCAACACCGUCUGGUUUGGGGAGACGGCCAGUUAUCGGCGCAAGCACACCUGUCUAAAGAUGGCCACGGUGCUGAGCGUGGCGAUGCUUUGGCCACUGCUCUCUGUCUGCUACCUUCUGGUGCCACGCUCCCGGGUGGGCCAGAUCAUCCACACGCCCUUCGUGAAGUUCAUCAUCCACAGCGCCUCCUACUUCACUUUCCUGCUGCUGCUAAACCUGUACUCUCUGGUCUACAACGACGGCAAGAAAAACACCAUGGGCCCUGCGCUGGAGAUGAUAGAUUACCUGCUCAUCCUAUGGAUAAUAGGGAUGGUGUGGUCGGAUGUGAAGCGUCUGUGGUACCAGGGGCUGGAAGACUUUCUGGAAGAGUCUCGGAACCAGCUGAGCUUCGUCAUGAAUUCCCUUUACCUCGCCACCUUUGCCCUCAAGAUAGUUGCUCAUAGCAAGUUCAAGAACGUGGAGGACACAGAGAGGAAGAACUGGGAUGCCUUCCAUCCCAUCUUGGUGGCCGAGGGCCUGUUUGCCUUUGCCAACGUUCUAAGUUACCUGCGGCUCUUCUUCAUGUACACCACCAGCUCCAUACUGGGACCGCUACAGAUCUCCAUGGGUCAGAUGCUGCAGGAGUUUGGAAAGUUUUUAGGCCUCUUCCUGUUGGUGUUAUUCUCCUUCACCAUUGGACUCACACAACUUUACGGAAAGGACCAGCAAGACCCAGACAAGAAUCCAGCAAAGGACUGCGAGGGCAUAUUCUGCCAGCAACAGAGCAAUGAUGCAUUCCACACGUUCAUGGGGACCUGCUAUGCCCUAUUCUGGUACAUCUUCUCCCUGGCACACGUGGCGCUCUUCGUCACCCGCAUCAGCUACACAGAGGAGCUGCGCUCUUUUGUGGGUGCCAUGAUCAUAGGCACCUACAACAUUGUGGUGGUCAUUGUGCUGACCAAGCUGCUGGUGGCCAUGCUCCAUAAAAGCUUCAGACAAAUUGCUAAUCACGAGGACAAGGAGUGGAAGUUUGCUCGUGCCAAACUGUGGCUGAGCUACUUUGAUGACAAGUGCACCAUGCCGCCACCAUUCAAUAUCCUCCCCUCCCCAAAGACUGUCUGCUACCUGGUGACCAGCAUGAGCAAGUGGGUCUGUUCACACACCUCAAAAGGCAUGGUGAAGAGACAGAAUAGCCUCAGGGAGUGGAAGAACCUGAAGCAGAAGCGAGACGAGAACUAUCAGAAGAUCAUGUGUUGUCUGGUUCACCGCUACUUGACCUCCACGCGGCAGAAGAUGCAGAGCACGGACCAGGCCACGGUGGAGAAUCUCAACGACCUUCGCCAGGACCUCUCAAAGUUUCGCAACGAAAUGAGGGAUCUGCUGGGCUUCCGGACCUCCAAAUAUGCCAUGUUCUACCCAAGGAGCUAA